UUAAACAUGUAUGCAGGAAGGAAAAGAAGGAAACCGGUGCAAAGAACGGUGAAACAGCCCCCAGCUGAAGGUGUGAAAUCAAACCCGUCCAAACGCCAUCGAGACCGGUUAAACUCAGAGCUGGACAGGUUGUCCAGCCUCCUUCCGUUUCCCGAGGAGGUCACCAGCAGCCUGGACAAACUCUCCAUCCUGCGUCUGAGUGUCAGUUACCUGCGAGCUAAGAACUUCUUCUCUGUCACCCUGAAAAACAACAACUGCAAAGGUUUAUCAGUGAACAACGGUAACCAUGACAACAAUAAAGCCUCGGGAUUGGCUGAUGGAUGGUUGUCCGAGGGAGAGCUCCUACUACAGGUACUUAAUGGCUUUGUGUUGGUGGUCACCUCUGAGGGGAUAAUUUUUUACUGUUCUCACACCAUCCAGGAUUACUUAGGAUUCCAUCAGACGGAUGUGAUGCAUCAGAAUGUCUUUGAACUCAUUCAUACUGAGGACCAGCAGGCCUUCAGACGUAACUUACACUGGGCCCUGAACCCUCCUCCAUCCAGCACCCACACAGAUGAUUCCCCACAAGAUGGGGAUCCGGUCCCAAGUAUGGCUCUGGUGGCAUGCAACCCUGAGCAGCUGCCUCCUGAAAACUCCUCUUUCCUCGAGAGAAAUUUCGUCUGUCGUUUCCGUUGCCUCCUGGACAAUUCCUCAGGAUUCCUGGCCCUGAAUCUCCAAGGACGUCUGAAAUUCCUGCAUGGACAGAACCAACGAUUGGAUGACGGGGGCCAAAUGCCGCCCCAGCUCGCCCUGUUUGCCAUAGCAACACCCUUACAGCCUCCCUCCAUAAUGGAGAUCCGAACCAAGAACAUGAUUUUCCGAACUAAGCACAAGCUGGACUUCACCCCAAUGGCCUGUGAUGCAAAGGGUAAAAUCGUUCUUGGCUACACAGAGGCGGAGCUGAGAGUUCGUGGUUCAGGAUACCAGUUCAUUCACGCAGCCGAUAUGCUCUACUGCGCCGAGAACCACGUUAGAAUGAUCAAGACUGGAGAAAGUGGCCUGACUGUGUUCCGACUGCUUACAAAGGACAACCGCUGGAAAUGGGUACAAGCUAAUGCUAGACUGGUCUACAAGAACGGCAAGCCUGACUACAUCAUCGCCACCCAGAGGCCUCUUGUAGAAGAGGAGGGUGGGGAGCACUUGAGGAAGCGAUCUAUGCAUCUUCCCUUCACCUUUGCCACUGGAGAAGCUCUGCUGUACCAAACAGGCUAUCCCAUCCCAGGCUUCUCUGACAACAUUCAGGGAAAAGGAAAGAACAACAAAACCAAAAAGAGCAAGGGAGAUAAAAGCUCUAAGGAUGAUCUGGACCCCAGCUCUCUUCUGGGAGCCAUGAUGAGACAGGAUGAGACAGUUUAUGUUUGCCAGCCUGCAAUGGAGCCAAGAAUGUCCUUCCACAGUAGCCUCUUCAGUGAGCAAGGAGAGACUAGCACUUUCUCUUCCUCUGCAGAGAAUGAUAGUUGGAAUCCAGCACAGAAUGGUGGAGUUACAAAUUCCAAAUUAGAGCCUUCAAGUUUUGACCCACUUCUGGCAACAUUAGACUCUCUGUCCCUGGAAAACGAGGAGAGCUGUUCCAACAGUGAACUCUUUAAUGCCCUAGAGAACCUUGGGCUCAACGCAGAAGAUUUGGAGUUACUUCUUCUGGAUGAGAGGAUGAUCCAGGUAGAGAUGGAACCAGAUUACAUUCCAUCUCUUAACGAUUUUCUCACCAACAAUGAAAUCCUUUCCUACAUCCAGGAUUCGUUGGAGAACAGGAUCGAGGAUUUACCAAGUGCUGAAGAUACUCAGAUCUCGGUUGCUGCACUAGAUUCUGCUGAACCUCCUAAGCUAUGUUCUGCGUCCGAGUCGGCACCUCAAGUUACUUCCUCCAUGCCUGCUCCAUACAUGCCUUUCUGGCCACAAAAUCAACCAGCACCCAUAGUUCAGCUUUCGCAACAGAUGCAGCAACAUCUUAACGGUCAGUCGGUUUGCCACAAAACCGAGAACUGGAUCCAGGAACCAAUGCCUCAGGUGUCUACAACAAAUACUGAGACAACUACAUUUAACCAGUAUGAUUCCUUGUUGGCUAACUCGGUGACAGGUGUCCACAAUGGUCACUGGGUCGCAGAACACACGCAAACCAACUUAAACAAGACCUUACAAUUUGGUGACAAGGUAACGGAAACUAGUAAAGCACAACCACAGCAAUGGAAACAAAAUCAUUUACCACUCCCAUUCCAGUAUAAACACAAAACUGUUGAGGUUGGCAACACCCCUACAAAUGGCUACAGUGACCCUCAAUGGCACGGAUACAACUUUGCCAACCCAGUUGACUUUGUUGCAAAUGGAUCUUGUUUUCCUAAAGAUCAGACCCCACAUAUACAGAACACAAUGAGUAACCAUGUGGGUUAUAGUAUUGCUGACAGAUCAGGUGUGGAUUUUACAAUGAACAGCAGUUCUGCUGGGGAUGUGGGGCAGUUUCAGGGAAUCAUGGCAUCAUCUUCAUCCUAUCAGCAAGGUUAUCUGAAACAGCAGCAGCAGCCAAAGGUCACAUCCACUUUUUAUGCUUCCUAUACCAAACAAAACUCCUCACUAGAACAUAUCCUGGGAUUAGCACCACCUCCGAACCUUCCCUCAUUGACAGAUUACGGUUCGAAUAUGACCCAUGACAACACCCACAGUAAGAUGGAUACAGGCUUCAUACUCAACUCCACAACAGUGGCCUACACAGAAAGUUAUCUGGUUCCCAAUGGCAACGCAGUGGCCACAACCAGCAACAGUCCCCACGCCCUUCCUGAGCCGCUCACACCUCCUCCAGAUCCUCAGACCACUGGCUUCUACCUCUGAUCAGACUCAGUACAGAUUCAUCCGAAGAGAUAGUUAAUCACAAGUCAACUGGCAAACACAAACGUGAAAAGGAGACAAAAAUAAUACUUUUUUAGUUUUAAGUUUGCUUAUUUAUACUAAAUGAGCCACAUUAACCUCUGGAAUAUCUAACCAACUAAAGUCGCUGAAGAAACUUCCGCCAACAUAAUGUGAUAGCACUCCCAAUGAUUGCAUAUUGGAAGAUUGUUUGGAUUAUUUCUGAUUAAGUAUGAGAUGAAAUUGAUGAUGGUUAGUGAAAUGUACAGAAAAUGCGAAUGGCAUGCAGUAUGCAGUUUUACGGGUUGUUCACACAGAACACGUUUUUGCGUCCGUCUGCUGAAUCAUGUUUUGUAAUUACUUUUCAAUGAAACAUGCUGGAUGGGCGUCUUUGAUCAUUGUGACCCAUCUUGCUGCUUUUUUAGCAUUCCGUGCCAUGAAUCGAUGCCCUGUCAAGCUAAAAGUACUUCAACUUUUAAAAAUGUGUCUUGAGAUGCCUGCAUUCUCUUACGUUCAUUGCACUAAGUCCAAUUUUUCGCUGUGAUUUUUUUCUUCCCGCAAGAGCGUGUUCUGUUGAAUGGCACAAUUAGAGGUGGUCCAUCUGUAAUAAGUGUGUGUUGGGGCAUAUAUGUUUGUGCAUAUGUAUGUGUGAGUUCGUGUAGUCGCCAUUUAUUAGGCCCUAUUCAUAUAAACGCAAGCAGAACGACUUUUGAACAUGUAAAUUGUAUAUAGAAAUUAUAUUCCACAACUUGUCUAAAACAAUUGUGAACAUUCAAUUACACUCAAACUAAAGAAGAAAUGUCCACGUAUGAGUGUUGUGACAUUCUACGUAAGAGUCGUUUUAUGAACGAUUUACACCAAAAAUUAUUCUGCUUGCGUUUCAGUAACAGGGCCCAUUGGACCUUAUUCAUGAAAUGUGUGCAGAACAAAUUUCGGUAUAAUCAUUCAUGAAUGAAUUCUUACAUGUCUAUUCCCAUUGAAUUGAAUGCAAAAACAAUUACAUAAGUACAAAUUAAAUUUCGUUCUGCUCGCAUUUUACGAAUUAGGCCCAUUGUCUGUAAAGGAUGUCAAGAGCGUGUGUAGCAUAUAGCUAUUCCGAAACCUAUUGUUCUGAAACGCAGUAAAUGACUUCAGUAUUUAUAUAAACAAGAUUGCAAUGCAUAUUUAUUUAUGAAAAGGCUUGAGUGUUACGUUCCUUUUAAUGGUCGUAUUGUGAAUGACAAUUUAAGGUAAAAAUACGCAAGUUGUCAAUAAAGCAGUAAGAGUUAGCAGUAAAAAAAGUCACUUCAGUCACUUAGACAUUGACCUGACCCCUUCGUCCCGCUAUUACAUUGGGUGAGGUUCGAUUUCGAGAAGCUGAUUCAAGAUCGGCGUCGCAAAUCCACUUUUACCUGCUUCCGUCCUUUUAGAUACAAGUGUUCACGUGUUUAGUAAUUCCAGAACUGAUCUACAGUUCAUAUUCGUAUUUGUUUGUGCGUAAAGUGUACAUGUACAUUUUUUUACAUUUGAAAAGACACUGAAACGUACAAAAUCAAAUGCAUUAACUGCGUUAAAAUGUGAUUGUGUGAAACUUCUAAUCGACAUUACAAUCAAUUUAUUAUAAUUACAAUAAAACCAACAUAUGAAUUCAUUCAAAGUCUUUUUAGCAAGUCAGUCCACUCAGCGACCAUCUUUGGAACGCUCCUGGGCAGCUAUUUUCUAUGUAAACAAGCAGCAUACAAGUGCAGCACCGAUCAACUUGAAUGCAGAAAGACAGAAAUCUCCAAAACAGUUGGUCAAGAUUACGAUCAAAGAACAUAUUUCAAAUCAGCAGUAAAAUCUGACAACACUGGUAUCAUGAAUGAUGCUUCUUAACCAAAGAUUACUCUAAAAAAACAAUGAUUUUAUUGUGUUUAGCUAAUGCGCAUUAACAAGUUGAUUGACAUGCAAGCAGUGUCUGUAUCUAAAAGCUGAUUGGCUCUUUUACUUGUAAGGCGGGACUUUCUUUCUACAUCCAUUGUCCAUUGGGUGUUCCAAAUUCUCCCAUUCAUUUUAAUAGAAGUGGCCCGUCUCUGCUAAAUGGUCUCUGAUUCAAUAUUCUACGAACCUCACAAGAUUUGUGUCUCUAAAGUCAUUCAUACUAAAAGGAUUUACGUUUUCAAUAAGUUGAUAGUGUACAUUUCAGUGUCUAUCCAAAUGUACGAAAAUGCAUGUGUGCUAGAACCACACUUAAUGUACCAGUACGUACGAAUUCUAAUGAGAUCACGUUGACUCAUCCGGCAACGGUCAAAAGCAGGGUUUGUUUCGUCUUGAAAAAGAGAUUCUGGAAGCUUCCGUUAUUGAAUGUGUUGCGUGUAUUGUAAAGCAGUAAAAAAAAAAAAAAAAAAAGAAGAAUGAUAUUAUUUCAUCAAGGGUGCUGCAAGGUGUUUUAUUAAUAAUAUUGUUAAUUAUAAUAGUAUUAUAAAGUCAAAAAGAAGAUACAUCUUUCAGGCCAGCCUCUCUCAUUUUUUAAAAACAUAUAUACUGUAUUUACAGACAUUUCAAUUAUGAGAAAUAACACUGGCUAUAACGUAACUAUGGGUUCGAAUUUCUUUAACAGAAAACAAUAUGACAAUCAUUUAUGAAAUGUUUAAGUACAAGUUUGUAAAUAAUGGAAAAGCUAUUAUUACUGUUGUAAGCACUAUUUGAAGGAGCACUGCGGCCUAACCAGGUUAUACUUUCUUCCGGCACAAGAUGUAGCUUCUAGAGAGAUGUUAUUUGGAGUAAAUAUUGUAUAAUUUCUUUAGGUGUUCUGUUUGUAUGUUUGAAAAAUAAGUUUUACACUUUUAAUGAAGAAGGAAAAAAAGAACAUGGUGCCAUACUAGUAAAUGUUACUUUCCAGAAUUUAAAUGUUUUGCUAUUUGUUUAGAAAUGAUGUCCGCCAUGUCAAGACUUUUUUUUAAAGAAAUUCACAUUUGGAUUCAUUUUAAUAUUCUAACACACUGAAAGUAGAGGCAAUGGUAGGUACAUAUGCAGUUAUGUCUGUUUGUCAUUUGACUGCUUGUUGAAAUGUACAAUUUGGUCCUUAAAUUAAAGAAUUUGUGCAAUCACAAUGGGACUUGUGUUAUGAUGUUCUUCCAAACCAAAUCGCACACAUUU